ACAGGAAGCAAAGGCUGAAGCCGAGAACGUUUCCAGUCCUCCCAAUAUAAUUUCUGUCGGAAUGGGAAAAGUCUCGCUUCACAUAACGAUCUGAUAAGGAAGAUACAGCCAAGGCUGAGGUCAUCAUGAGCAAACGAAAGUCGAAGGACAGCCACUUCACAGUUGGAGAAUGCGUCUCACAGGUGCAGAGAUUACUACGAGAGCGCUUCUGUCAUCAGCAGCUUCCCACGAGGCCACUAGGGAUGGAAUCGCAACACAAACACUUGCUGGAGCUAUUGAGGAGGACAGCUGUUCAUGGGGAGAGUAAUUCAGUACUCAUCGUGGGACCCAGGGGAGCUGGGAAGACAAUGCUUCUGAACUGUGUACUGAAAGAGCUUCUGGAAGUGAAUGAAGUAAAGAAGAAUGUUUUACUGGUUCACUUGAAUGGUCUGCUUCAAACUGAUGACAGGAUAGCCCUGAAAGAAAUCACUCGCCAGCUUCACCUGGAGAAUGUUGUUGGGGACAAGGUCUUUGGGAGUUUUGCUGAGAACCUGGCCUUUCUGCUGGAGGCUUUGAAGAAAGGUGACCGUAGCACCAGUCGCCCUGUGCUUUUCACCCUGGAUGAGUUUGACCUCUUCGCCCAUCACAAGAACCAGACGCUCCUCUACAACCUCCUGGACAUCUCACAGUCUGCCCAGACGCCCGUCGCCGUGGUGGGCCUCACCUGUCGCCUGGACGUCCUGGAGCUGCUGGAGAAGAGGGUGAAGUCCCGGUUCUCCCACAGGCAGAUCCACCUGCUGAGCCCGCUGCGGUUCAACCGUUACCUGGAGAUCGUGCAGCAGCAGCUGAGCCUUCCUUCGGACUUCCCCGACCACAAGUUCUGCGAGGACUGGAACGCCAGCGUCAAGGCAUUGUGUGAAGACAAAUCAGCAGAGGCCGUCUUACAGAAGCAUUUUAACGCCAGCAAAGACUUCCGAUCUCUGCACAUGCUGUUGAUGCUGGCCUUGAGUCGAGUGACCGUGUCCAACCCAGCUAUCAGACCCGCUGAUCUGCUUGAGGCCAGCCGGCUCUGCACCGCCGACUCAAAAGCCAAUGUUCUGCAUGGUCUGUCCAUUCUGGAGCUUUGCUUGAUCAUCGCCAUGAAACACCUCAAUGACAUAUAUGACGGCGAGCCCUUCAACUUUCAGAUGGUCCACAACGAAUUCAAGAAAUUUAUUCAAAGAAAAUCUCAUUCGGUUCAUAAUUUCGAGAAGCCAGUGGUUAUCAAGGCCUUUGAGCACUUGCAGCAGUUGGAACUGAUCAAGCCGAUGGAUGGAUCCACUGCUAAAACCCAGAAGGAGUACCAGCUGGUGAAGCUGAUGCUGGACCACAGCCAGAUCAUGGAGGCCCUACAGAAAUACCCACAAUGCCCCACUGAUGUCAAACAGUGGGCUGUUUCUGCUUUUGGCUGAACUCAUGUGAAAAUGCUCACACAGAAAGAUGCUGACACCUCAUAUGCCAUCCUCUGGUGCUGUAUAUUGCAUUGUAAAAACAGUAUACAAAAUGAAAUGUUUCAUGUUUUCAGUGAUUUGAUACCCCUAUUUGUACUACUCUUGUCU